AAGACCUAAAUAAAUCUAAACCCUUUCUUCUUCGUCGUCGUCUUCAUCUCUCUCAUCUCUGCAUCUGAUACUCUAUAGACAUUGUUGAAAAAAAUGAGUGCACCGGGUUCUUCUAGAUCCAUUCCCUUCAAAUCGAAGAAACGGUUAGUGAUGGAUUCGCCGUCUUCAAAAUCUCAAACCGGGAAUCCAAAUCCGUCUUCUGUAGCUUUACCUACACCGGAGAAACCGCUUGAGAACAUGCUUAGUAGAUCAAGAAACCGAUCUGUGGCUUUAUCAGUGAAAGAGAUUCGUCAAGCGGCUGGAUCUCGUCGUAGAUCUGAAGAUCCGGUUGCUUCAUCCGCUAAAAGCAAGCUCUUUUUUUCUCACAACGAUUCACCAUCCUCUUCGCCUUCAAAACGAAUUAGCUCUAAUAAAAAUGCAGAAAAAGAGAAACUUCCGGAGAAGUACGAGAAUCUGGGAAAGUUCUUUGAAGCAUUGGAUAAUUCGAUGUUAUUAUCGAAAUUAAGAGGUUCUAAACCAACAUUUUCCAACAUUUCUAAACAAAUCGAGCAUUUAACCGAGAGGAGGUUUUGUUAUAGUCACUUGGCUCAAAUAAAGCAUAUAUUGCGAGAAGCGAUAGAGAUUAAGAGAGUAUUGAUACAUGAUGAAAGAACUUGCUGUAUGAAACCGGACCUUCAUAUUACCCUCAAUGCCGAUGCUGUUGAAUACAAAGAUAAGUCGAAAUCCGAAAGUAAGAAAAUCGCUCUUCGGAAAGUGUUUCGGGCUAGACUUGCAGAGUUUGUUAAAGCUCAUCCUCAGGGUGAUGAAGUUCCAGAGGAACCGCUUCCUGAGCCAUUCAAUAGGAGGAAACCAGAUGAAAACUCAAAAGUUGAAGUCAAGAGUGUUAGUUCUCUCAUGGAAGAGAUGGCUUCUAUUCCAGCAGCUAAAUUGUUUUCAUCUCCCAUCACAUCCACUCCAGUCAAAACAAGUUCAAGUCCGACCAAACCAACUGCGUCUCAGAUUAACAUUGCACCAACUUCAACUCCUGCUAAACCGACUUCGUCUGAGAUUAACAUCUUGCCAACUCCAGUCAAAUCAGUGUCAACUCUGUCUAACAUUCCUUCAACACCGGCUAUAAUUGACUCGACACCAGUCAUUGCUGCUUCAACUCCACCUGAAUUUGCUUCAACUCCACCUGAAUUUGCUUCAACUCCUGCCCGGCUGAUGAGUACGUCUCUGGCAGCUCGUCCGCUGAAAAGAAGCAGCGGUCAUACAAAUCAAGAUGAUAUAUCUGCUGACCCACCAACUAAGCUCGUGAGGCGUUCCUUGUCUCUGAACUUUGAUUCUUAUCCUGAGGAUGAGAAAGCUAUGGAUUUCUCAGAUGAUGAACCCAUUGAUGAAGUACCAGAAGAUCUAUCUAGCGAUGAUGAAAUCCUCAGCAUACUUCCUGAUAAACUUCGACAUGCGAUAAAAGAACAAGAGAGGAAAGCGAUUGAGGAUCAAAACCCAGCAAUCUCUCUGGCAAAAAGAAGGCGAAAGAUGAUUGCUUGUCUACCCAAACUUUUCAAUGUCAUUCAUUACUUAAUUCAAUCGAUAAGGCGUUGGGUUAUCACAAAAGAAGAGCUUGUGCACAAGAUCAUUGCUGGUCAUUCUGAUAUUACUGACAGAAAGGAAGUUGAAGAACAGCUUAUCUUACUGCAAGAACUUGUCCCGGAAUGGAUGUCUGAGAAAAAAUCAUCAAGUGGAGAUGUGCUAGUAUGCAUAAACAAAUUGGCAUCUCCCCUAACAAUCCGAUCACGUCUUGAAGAAGAAAACAAGCAAGAGAUGUCUCCACUGGUUUCAUCCAUUCCAUUCAAAUCGAAGAAACGAUUAUCGAUGGAUUCUCCAUGUUCAAAACCGCAGAUCGGAAACCCUAAUAUGUCCUCUGUAUCCUUGCCCACGCCGGAGAAGCCGCCGGAGAACCCUACUCUGGAUCUUCAUGUUUCACUCAACGCUGAUGCAGUUGAAUACGAUGACACGUCGAAAUCGGAAAGUAAGAGAAUCAAUCUCCGGAAAGUAUUCAGGGCAAGACUUGCAGAGUUUGUUAAAACUCAUCCUCAGGGUGAUGAAGUUCCAGAGGAACCGCUUCCUGAGCUAUUUAAUACAAGGAAACCAAAUGAAAACUCAGAAGUUGAGGUUGAGUGUGUUAGUUCUGUCAUGGAAGAGAUGGCUUCUAUUCCAGUAGCUAAAUUGAUUUCAUCUCCCAUCACAUCGACUCCAUCUGAGUUUAACAUCGUACAUUCAACGCCUGCUAAAAUUGACUCAACACCAGUUGUUGUUGCUUCGACUCCACCUGAAUUUGCUUCAACUCCUGUCCGGCUGUUCAGGACUUCACUGGAAGCUCGCUCGCAGAAAAGAAGUAGUGGUUCUGCAAAUGCAGAUGGUGUUUCUACUGAUCCACCGGUUAAGCUUGUGAGGCGUUCCUUGUUGCUCAACUUUGAUUCUUGUACUGAGGACAAGAAAGCUAUGGAUGUGACAGUUGAUCAGACCAUUGUUCAAGUACCAGAAGAUGUAUCCAGUAAUGAUGAAGAAAUCCUCAGCAUGCUUCCUGAUAAGCUUCGACAAUCGAUAAAAGAUCAAGAGAUGAAAACAAAUGAGGAUCAAAAUCCAGCAAUCUCACUGGCAAAGAGAAGGCGAGAGAUGAUCGCUUGUCUACCUGAACUUUUCGAUGUCAUCCAUUACAUAAUUCAAUCGAUAAGGCGUUGGGUAAUCACAAAAGAAGAGCUUGUGCAUAAGAUAAUCGCCGGUCAUUCUGAUAUUACCGACAGAAAAGAAGUUGAAGAACAACUGAUCCUAAUGCAGGAGCUUGUCCCGGAAUGGAUGUCUGAAAAAAGAUCAUCAAGCGAAGAUUUACUAGUAUUCAUAAACAAAUUGGCAUCUCCCCUAACAAUUCGAUCCCGUCUAGAAGAAGAAAACAAGCAAGAGAUGGCUUCACCGCUUUCUUGAGAUCGCAGUUCCAUUGGCUGCGGUUAUACUACGUU